AUGUCUGUGGCAGCGUGGCCCUCGGAAGGGUCUUUGUGUCCUCGCGCGUGUCCUCUCCAAGUAAGUCCGACUGGCAGGCUCCUCUCAGCUCAUGUCCGUUUGCAUUGCUCCCUCGCGUCUGGACGACGCGGCCACCAGCUGCGGGUGGGUGCGCGUGCCCAGUGUGCCUGCUUCCUGCUUCCUUCCGUGGCCCGUCCUCCCUCGGUCGUGGGCGUCCUGUUCGUUGUCAUGAUCCUGCUCCUCAUCUCGCCGGUGACGGGCGCGAACCUAUUCCAGUACGGCACAAAGACGGACACCUACGAGACCAUCGGGGACAAGGUCGCAGCCAAAGCCCCAGAGGCGAAGGCCUUGACCAAGGCGCUGGGCUAUUCUGCCAGUGGCGAAUCACCGUAG